AUGGAAAUCAAAUGGUGUCUCUUUCAUUGGGAGUUACAAGUUGUUCUGGAAUGGCCAAAAGACAACCCAAAAUGGAGUGGGAAUUUUCAUACGGGAAUCACUGGCACAAAAUGUACUAGAGGUGCCGUCAAGAAAACACCAUCAUUAGAGAUACCAUUGAUAUGUGGCGACCUCCACGGCCAUGCUGGAGAUAAAGCAAAUGGGUUCCACGGUCAAGGUUCAGGUCAAAUAGUGCGAGCAGUCAAAUCCAGGUGUAGUACAAUGACUACUAUUAAUCAGAUAAUACUCGAAAUACGUCAGGGCAAGCAUAAAUAUCAAAGUACUUCCAAUUUAACAUUCAAAGAAAAAUUUCUAAAGGAUGGAAUUUAG